ACUUGGGAUACAGGUACAGGUACAGGAGAGACAACACACAUAAGGUGAGCGAAGACAGAGAAGCAGAGGCAUGAAGCAACAGUGCAAGAAAAUCUAAAUACAAAGAAGAAAAAACAUUUGGAGAGACGAAUGAAAGCAAAUUAACUCCAACUUUGUAUCUGUGAAUAUUGUAACAAGGAGCAAAACAGGUUUUCCCAAUGAAAAUAUCAAGAAUCAGCACUGGCAAAUUCUCUAUCUUGAUUGUAAUGGCUCAGACUUUAGCUUUCAUCUGUUUAAUUUUUAAAUUCUAUGAGAGCCCUUCCCCUCCUGUGAAAAAAUAUCAGAGGACUCAUAUGAUCAUCUUAUCAACAUGGAGAUCAGGAUCCUCUUUUACUGGACAACUGUUCAGCCAACACCCUGAUGUAUUUUAUCUGAUGGAGCCAGUCUGGCACGUGUGGUCUAAAAUGCAUCAAAACAGCGUCAAAUUAUUGCAUAUGGCAGCCAGGGAUCUGGUCCGAUCAGUUUUUCUCUGUGACAUGUCUGUGUUUGAGCCGUACAUGCCACCAGAAAAAUUCACAUCAAGUUUUUUUCAGUGGGAGACUAGCAGAGCUUUGUGUUCCCCUCCAGUAUGCAAUUUAUUCAAAAGAAGUGAUAUCAUUCCACAGAAUCACUGUAAAUUGUUAUGUCCCAAACAUCCAUUUAAUAUAACAGAACAAGCAUGUAAAAGCUACAGUCAUGUUGUGCUUAAGGAAGUGAGAUUCUUUGACUUGAAAGUUCUUUACCCUCUGCUUCGUGACCCAUCGCUAAACUUCAAAAUUCUUCACUUAGUCCGAGAUCCACGUGGGGUGUUUAAUUCAAGACAAAAAACCACGAGUGCCCUCUCCUUAGACACCAAGAUUGUUUUAGGAGACAGAAAAUCAAAAAAUUCGGAUGCAGAUUAUGAGAUGAUAAAACAAAUCUGUGAGAGCCAAGUAGAGAUGUAUAGAACUGUCGUGACUUCCAACUUCAGUAGGUUGCGCAGCCGUUACCACAUGGUCCGUUAUGAAGAUAUUACUAAUGAUCCCAUUGAAAAUGCAAGGCAGAUGUACCAGUUUGCAGAUCUUAACUUCACCCCUAAACUUAAGACUUGGGUGCACAAUAUAACACAUGGUAAAGGCAAAGGUAUGAGUUUUUCAAUCAACUCUAGAGAUGCUCGCAAUGUUUCCAGAGCAUGGAGGGAUAACCUGCUAUUCAAAACUGUCUACAGAAUUCAAAACCUUUGUAAAGAAGCUUUGAAUCUUUUUGGCUAUAGGAUUUUGAAGACGGAGACAGAACAGAAAAACUUAUUAUUCAAUAUUGUAUUACCUUCUCCUAAACUUAGCACUGGUACCAAUGCUCCUUUAACCUAGCAAUACAUAUACAUAGGUUUUAACCAUAGAAGAAAAUGUGCUAUAUCUGUCAUUUUUACAGUAACAAACAACAACAAAAAGUAUAUUAUAAAAGCAUCACUCUCUGGGUUGAGUAUUAAUAAUUGGAGGCCAAUAGUAAAUAUCCAUGUUCUCCACAAAACUGGCUCUAGCAACACAAAUUCAGAUUGUUCUUUAUAACUCAGGGUACUAAUGAAGGAUGCAGUCACAGAAUGUCUUCUUUUAUCUAAUUUAUAGUAACGUAAAUGAAUAGUGAACAUGUUUACCUAAACUAAAAACAUAUUUGUCUGUAAAUUGCAGCUGCCAUAAAGUUUAUCACAAUCUAUGGUGUAAACAAAGGAUAAUUGAAAAUAUGAAUCAUUUGGUUGAAAUUGUAAGCCAGUAGUUGCCACUGUUUGUAAAACCCACAAAUGAGUUAUGAAACAAAGACUGGUGCAGGGAUAAAAUUAGUGUAAUGGUAUACAUUGGUAUACACCACCAAUUAACCAUAUGAUGUAUAUAUAUAUUCUAAAUUAAGUUAUUUAUACAAAACCUACCGCUCAUUUUAGAAUGAAUUGCAAAAUUACUGUACCGCUGCCACCUAGUGGCCUGUUAAAUUAUAUACAAAUAUACAAAUUAAAAAAAAGGGUUAAAUUUUUAACAGAUUAUGUAGAGAUAUUCAUACAAUGUUGUAAUUUGAUGCUAUGAUACUUUUCAACAUAGUCCCCCUUGUAUAAUCUUUACCUGGUAGAAACAAUGAAUGCAGGUUGUACUGCCCAUAAGCAGCUCCCGGGAAGCAGCAACACAAAUAGCUCCACACAGGAUAAUCCAGUCCAUGUAUAAGAAAGUAUGCACAGUCCCAAAUCCACAGGGUAUGGAGCACUGGGGUUUUUCAAGCAAGAUAGGCGCUGCAAUAUCUAAGCAAUCUUAAAGGCUAGACAGUCAGUAGCACAUAAACUGUGGUCAUAAUUCCAAGGGAUGAAAUUCAGAAGAAGGCAGGAAAUCCACAUAACUUUGCCCUAUUGCAUUCUUAUAUUGGUUUGCCAUCAGCCCGGUUUUUAGAGGGGCUGUUUGGGUCAAAUCAAGUAAUAGUUCCAUCAUUACAUUGUACCCGACUAAAAUAUACAAUCAUGCUUUUAAAGUGAUUAAUAUGUUAACAGAAACAGAGACCUGGACAAAAAUUGCUUCAAUAUUUUUACCACUGUUGCUUUUACAAAAUAGUAAGAAAAAAAACCCCCACAACAUCAUUUUUCAAAUAUUUUCAAUGUUUCAAAUACUUCUCUAAUACCUAUAAAUAGCCAUAGGGUGUAAUUUUAUUUAAAAGCAAAAUCAUCAAAUAAGGGAAAUACAAUGUAUAUAUUUUCAUUUUUGUCUUAACUCUUUAUAGAGAAGUUCUGUUUUAUUUAUUUGCUAUAAAAAAUGCUUUUAUAUGUAUUUAUGUUUUUACACAAUUAUACAUAGGUGUUUAUAUUGUUAAAAAUGCUGGGAUACAAAAAGUGUAAUAACAGGGUGUA